UUAAAACGUAUUUAAAAGUAGCACUAAUUUUAUUUUUUAAAUUGAUAAACUUGCACAUUUCAUAUUUUUUUCUACCAUAGAAUUUUCGAUGCAAUAAAUUUAAAUUUGUGUAAAGAACACAAGAAUUAAUAAUGAACCCAAUGAAUCCAGUGUCUCUAAAGCUUAGCAACGAUUUUCUUAGUGAAUCUUAUAUAGACAUUUGUAAUGAUAACUUUAAUAUGAAGCAAUAUAUUCGUUUUAAAGUAAAUGCAAAUGAUCGCGAAUACAAUGAUGAUCCAUUUUAUGUAUGCGAUAUUGAUGAUAUCGUUAAAAAACAUUGGAUGUUUCAAAAUCUUCUUCCGCAAAUAAAACCAUUUUACGCUAUCAAAUGUAAUCCAGAUCCUGUAGUUAUUGCAUUAUUGGCUCAUCUUGGAGUAAAUUUUGACUGCGCUAGUAAAUGUGAAAUUAAAGCUGUUCUUGAUUUGGGUGUUGACCCUGAUAGAAUUAUUUUUGCUAACCCAUGUAAGCAAGCAUCUUAUAUCAAAUAUGCAAAUGAAAAAAAUGUAAAGAAAAUGACGUUUGAUAAUGAAGCAGAACUGUAUAAAAUAAAAGAACAUUUUCCAGGUGCUGAGCUUGUCAUAAGAAUCAAAGUAGAUGAUUCAAAGUCAAUUUAUAAGCUUGGGAGAAAGUUUGGUGCUAGUCUUGAGAGUACACAAAAAUUGUUGCAUAUUGCAAAAGAUCUUGAUUUGAAUGUUAUUGGCGUCAGCUUUCAUGUUGGUACUGGUUGCUAUGAUGCUUCGUUGUUUUACAGUGCAGUGAAAUCUGCAGCUGCUGUAUUUAAUCAAGGGGAAAUCCUUGGUUAUAACUUCACAUUAUUGGAUAUAGGUGGUGGAUUUCCAGGUGUAAAAAAUGGAAAAAUUUCAAUGGAUAAUAUUGCAGCUCAGUUAAACCUUAGUAUAGCCGAGUUUUUUCCUCCAGAAAUGAAUUUAAGUAUAAUUGCUGAACCGGGAAAAUAUUUUGUUGAGUCUGCAUUUACACUAUGCUGUAAUGUGACUUCUGUAAGAAAGGUUGUCGAUGACAAGAAAACGGAAUUUAUGUAUUACUUAAACGAUGGAGUUUACAAUUCAUUUUUAUGCGUUCUUUUUUCUGAGAAGUUCAAACCAGUUCCACUUAAUGAUUCAAAAACUCAUUUGCUAUUCAAAAGCAGCGUUUGGGGACCAACAUGCGAUUCAUGCGAUUGCAUUUCGGAAGAAACGUAUUUACCUAAGCUUUCUAUUGGAGAUUGGUUGUAUUUUGAAAACAUGGGUGCGUACGCCACAUGUCUGGCAACAAAAUUUAAUGGUUUCAAUCCCCCUAUUAUUUAUUACGCAUGCACAGAUAGCAUUUAUAAAGAUUUAUCGAAUGGCAAAGCAAAUCUGAUGCAAUGUAGAUCUUUUAAAGAUUUUUUUGUUCCUUUGACGUUAGAACCUAUUAUUGUAAAAGUUUAAUAACGACUUUUUUGAAAUUUCUAAAGUUUGAAAUAUCAUAUUAGUUAGCUUUUAUUUUUCAUUGAGUAACUAUUAGCUCCUAUUGUGUGUUUUUUUAAUGUUUUUUUAAUGUCAGAAAAGGUGUGCAAAGUUAA